CAAACGCACGUGUAGACGUAAUCAGUGACCCGACCCCGGGCUCUACGCACUCAUUGAUUCUCACACUCUAUGUGAGCCCUAUCACCCGGGGGGUGGACCCCGUAUAAAAGGCACCGGCACACUUAGAUCUACUACACGUCAACAUGGCGCAGGCAGCUAAGAACUGGUAUCAGGUUAUCAAAGCUGCCCCCAAGGGACGGUUUCAGGGUAUCAACAGAGAUUACCAGGUAGAAGAUGUUCUCAAAUUGCGAGGAUCAGUCGAAAUCGAGUAUACCCUGGCUACCAGAGGGGCUAACAAGCUAUGGCAACUUCUCCAUACCGAACCCUAUGUGCCCGCACUUGGUGCCCAGACUGGAAAUCAAGCCGUGCAAAUGGUUCGAGCCGGACUAAAAGCUAUCUACUUAUCAGGAUGGCAAGUGGCAGCCGAUGCAAACACGGCUGGUGAUAUGUAUCCGGAUCAAUCAUUGUACCCAGCAAAUUCUGGACCCGAACUUUGUCGGAGAAUCAAUAGAUCAUUGAGAAGGGCAGAUCAGAUCGAAGCAGUCGAAGCAGAAGACUAUCUUGCGCAGAGAGAUUGGUAUGCCCCCAUUGUAGCGGAUGCUGAAGCCGGAUUUGGUGGAGCUUUGAACUGCUUCGAGUUGAUGAAGGCCUACAUCGAAGCUGGAGCUGCCGGUGUUCAUUUUGAAGAUCAACUUGGUUCUGAGAAGAAAUGCGGUCAUAUGGGAGGAAAGGUCCUGAUACCCACAGCUCAACAUAUUCGCCAUUUGAAUGCUGCACGUCUUGCCGCCGACGUGUGCGGAUCUCCUACUAUCAUUGUUGCUAGGACUGAUGCAGAAUCUAGCAGAUUACUCACUAGUGAUGUUGACGAACGCGAUCAUCCAUUUAUCGAUAGGGAAGCAGGACGAACAGUGGAAGGAUUCUAUAGAUUGAAGGACUCCACUGCCCUGCAGUACUGUAUCGAGCGUGCUAUCCACUAUGCUCCCUACUGUGAUCUUAUAUGGAUGGAGACAAGUCAUCCAACAAUCGCCGAUGCUAGGGAAUUCGCCGAAGGCGUGAGAAAGGUCUAUCCCGACAAGAUGUUCGCCUAUAAUUGUUCACCAUCGUUCAACUGGAAGCAACAUCUCAGCCCCACACAAAUGGAGAAAUUCCAAAAGGAACUCGGCGCAUUAGGAUUCAAAUAUCAAUUCAUUACCCUUGCUGGAUUCCAUGCUAACAGCUUCAGUAUGUUUGAUCUUGCUAGGAAAUACAAAGACCAUGGAAUGCAUGCCUAUUCUGAACUACAAGAGCAGGAAUUCGAGGCCGAGAAGCAUGGUUACUCAGCUGUAAAACAUCAACGCGAAGUUGGUACCGGCUAUUUCGAUCACAUCUCCAAUGCUGUUUGCGGUGGAAAGUCCAGUACCACAGCUUUGACAGGUUCGACUGAAGAAGCGCAGUUUAAGACAGUUACCGCAAGCAGUGCUGAUGAGGAGAUUCUUACGCUUACCGCGCCUACCCUACCUGGCGAUGAAAAGAUUUUGACACCGGAUGCCCUUCGUUUCAUCAAGGAGCUCAACAUGAAGUUCGAUGCAAAGCGUUUACAUCUACUGAAAAAGCGAACGAAAGUGCAAAGGGAUAUCAACGAGGGCGCAUGGUUCCCGGACUUCUCCAAAGAUACAAAAGAUAUUAGAAACGACAAGGGUUGGAAAGGUGCCGAGAUUCCGAAGGAUCUUAUGGAUCGCCGCGUAGAGAUCACAGGACCAACAGAAAGAAAAAUGAUCAUUAAUGCUAUGAAUUCUGGUGCUAACGUCUUCAUGGCUGAUUUCGAAGACUCUAACACUCCAUCAUGGAGAAAUCAGCUUGAUGGUCAAAUCAAUCUUUACGAUGCUGUACGAGAUAACAUCUCUUACGUGCACCCAACCACCAAGAAAGAGUAUACUUUGAAUAAGAACACGUCAGUGCUAAAGGUUCGUCCUCGUGGUUGGCAUCUAUUGGAAAAACACGUGCUUAUCCACAACACUCCUACUUCCGGAUCACUCUUUGACUUUGGGCUGUUUGUCUAUCAUAAUGCCAAGGCUCUCGUUGACAAAGGCAGCGGACCAUAUUUCUAUCUGCCAAAACUUCAAAAUGCUGAAGAAGCUCAACUUUGGGCUGAGGUGUUUGAGUACACUGAGCAAAAACUAGGAUUGUCAAAGGGUACCAUCAAGUGCACGGUUCUUAUCGAGCAUUUAUUGGCGAGCUUCCAAAUGAACGAAAUCAUUUAUGCGUUGAAAGACUACAUCGUUGGACUAAAUUGUGGACGUUGGGAUUACAUCUUCUCGUACAUCAAGACUUUCCAAAAUCACCGGAAAUUUUUGCUCCCGGAUCGCUUCCAGAUUGGAAUGACGUCACCAUUUAUGAGGGCAUAUUCUCUCCUAUGCAUUAAGACCUGCCAUCAACGAGGUAUCCAUGCCAUGGGUGGUAUGGCCGCACAGAUUCCAAUCAAGAACGAUGAGGUAGCCAAUGGUAAAGCUCUUGCUCUUGUACGUCAAGACAAAGAACGAGAAGCUACCGAUGGACACGACGGAACCUGGGUUGCACAUCCGGGACUUGUCCCAAUUGCUCGCCAAGUCUUUGACGAUUGCAUGCCAUCAGCAAAUCAGAUCCAGAAACAGCUCGAAGGCGUUAUGGCAACCAAUGCUGAUCUAACAGCUAUUCCCGAGGGAACUCGUACCGAUCAUGGUUUUAGACACAAUAUUAGCGUUACUCUAGGAUACUUGGACUCAUGGCUACGUGGUGUGGGAUGUGUACCGCUCUAUAACCUUAUGGAAGAUGCGGCGACAGCUGAAAUCAGCCGUGCUCAACUAUGGCAAUGGCUUAGACAUGAUGCUCGAUUGGAAGAUGGUCGCACUGUCGAUGCACAACUGGUAAAGCAGACAAUUGCAGCCGAGACGGAAAGACGUCUGAUCCGCGCGGGUUCUGUUGUCAGCAGAUUACCCGAAGCAGCCGAACUCCUCGAAAAAUUCGCCCUAGAAGAAGAAAUGAGCGAUUUCCUCACAUUGGAUGCUUAUGACAAACUCGUUUCUGAAGGCCAUUAACUUAACGAAAUUUUAGCUCUUCACACCCCCCCCCAGUCCCCAGCAAUACACGAACUGACUUCCAAUUUCUACUUCAAUUGCAUGAUCUAUCGAAAUUCUAGCGAGUAGCCAUUUUCAAACCUUUGUUUUUGUACAUAUGGGCUUUUACUUCGUUUUAUCAACAGAUUGUAAAUAGCCAUGACUAAGUUAAAUGUUCUACCUCGUUUUAUCAACAGAUUGUUUUAGAAAAUAAAGUAUU